AUGGUGGCAACAGCGAUUAUCCUCCAUUUCCGUCCGCUCAGACACCGACAUCUACUCCUCCUCCAAAAUGCUACUUCCUCCCUCCGCUUUUCAUCAUCAUCCUCAUCUUCCAAUUCCGAUGACAAUGAUGAGAAAGGAACCUCACAAUCACAAUCACAAUCACAACCCCAAUCUUCUUCUUCUUCCUCUGAUUAUUUCAGCGAUGUGAAAGCCAGUCUAAAACAAACACCUCAACAGCCUCGCAGGUCGUCUUCCUUUAGCUCUAAUCCAAGUCCCCGUGAUGAGUCUACUCAAAAGCUCUCUUCCAUGGACGACAUCCGAAAAAGCCUCUCGGGGUAUACUCGCGUCCAACCACCACCACCACCACAGCCAAAGCAACCAGUUAUCUCAUUCCAGGAGCUCUACAAGCGAAGUGUAAUGCCAAAAGCUGAUCAACAAUCUGGCACCAAAACCGCUCCAUCUUUAGACUCAAUCCGCAUGAGUUUAAAUCACGUGCCACCACAAUCACAACAACCAAGGUCACCUCUUGAUGGAAUUAGUCAGAGUCUGAAAUACAAGAUUCCUUCUACUAAGGGUGUGGUGUCGGAUGAGAGUAAAACAGAGUUUGUGAGGAUGUACAGCUAUGGAGAAAUGGGGGAGAAGUUGAGGAAGCUGAGGCCAGGGAACAAGACCACCAAAUUUUCAUUAGGAGAGUUAAGUGAGAGGCUGAAAAUGUUGAGAGAAAUUGAGGAAAAGGAAAUCGAAAGCACCAAUGGUUUGAAGUAUAUGCACCUCAGGGAGAGCCUUAAAAAGUUGCAGGAUGAUGGGAUAACCAAAAAGAAUGCAGCUCAAAGAGCUAAUAUAUUGGGUCAGCUUGGAGGAACUCCUAGCUUUAUGUCAUCUCCCCCAAAGGAAGUCUUGGUUGAAAAGUAUUUCCAUCCAGAUCAUAUGUCAUCUGCAGAGAAACAGAAGAUUGAGCUUAAAAAUGUAAGGGACAAGUUUAAAAUUUCUGAAUCGGAUUGUGGAUCAGCUCGUGUUCAAGUGGCACAACUAACUACAAAGAUCAAGCACCUUGCUACAGUGCUACACAAAAAGGAUAAGCACUCUAGAAAGGGUCUUCAAGCAAUGGUACAGAAAAGGAAGAAGUUGUUGAAGUACCUUCGAAGAACUGACUGGGAUUCUUAUUGCUUUUGUCUCGCAGAACUUGGUCUCAGGGACUCUGCAGAUUACAAAGUUUAGAUUUACUUAUUUAACUGCUUUUUUCCUUUCCUUAUAUUUUUGCUAUUAUAGACUAGUAAAACUAUCAACUUUGAUCAAAUAAGAGAGAAUAUGAAUUUUGUAGCGGAAUAUGAUGACAUUUAAAAAAAAAAAAAAACAUUUACCAAUAGUCCAAUACAAUGGGGG